AUGCUGUUCCAACUCGUGCCGAACGUCCGGAGCUUGCAUCUGCCCUUGCAAAGUAAGGGACAAUAUCAGAUUUUCAUACCGCCAAACGACUUAUGUCUCACAUUGCCGUCACUCAGAACCCUGGCUUUGACCAGCUCCGUUCCCGGACCUCCACUUGAUGAAGCCACACCCAUCUUGCAGUUGGCGCCCAACCUCGAAAUUUUACACUGCCACGGCUGUGCAUCUGUUACCGAGCAGUUUUCGACCCUCUUACGCCCAACGACGGUUGCCGAGCCGUCUCCGCUCCAGAAGCUCACGGAACUGGCCCUCAUUGACACUCACCUGACGGCAACCUCUUUCGGCAGCCUUAUGAGCGCGGUAGGGCCGUACCUUUCAAAGGUGGCUAUCCAUCGAACAUCGAAAUUCCCCCUGCCCUGGGAAUGGGAUGACAGCCACAUUAUUGAGUUUAAUGAAGUCCUUACCGCCCUGCAGCCGUGGACUGAAAACCUCAAAGGACUGUCUUUCACAUUAUACGGGACCUCAAUGCCCCGAGAGGCGCAACACCUUCGUAGCGUCAACAUGCUACGCAAGUUUCAGUCGCUUGAAGUUCUACGAGUGCAGGUAGCUUGCCUCGACUUCUAUGGACAUGUAGGGCCGAGACAAGACGCCCUUGUCUCGACAAUUCCCAAUAGCAUCUGCGAGCUGAGCCUUGUUGGCUACAGCAAUCUCACACCGGCUCUUCAAGCGUUGCUAGAAAGUUUCAGAGCCGGCAAGUUUGAGAAACUGUGCAGGAUCCAAAUCGACGAUCAGGGCUACGAGGAGUUUGAGCCAGAGGGGGAGGCAGCACAGGAGCUAAGGGAAGUCGGUGCUUCGUUUCAGUCCGUCGGUGUAGACUUUGUUGUCCUUCCUGGGCCGGAGAAGCCUGAGAUUGAGGAGGAAUAA